AUGCAUCGACCGCUCGCAUGGCUUGCACUGUGCGUCGCGUCGUCGAAAGCGCUCGAGGACGUCGGCGAGCGCGGCUUCCUCCUUGUCGCGACGUCCACGACUUUGGAACGCCUCUGGACCUACGAGGCGCGCGCAGAGAAAGGAGACCUUCAUCAGAUCGACCACUUCGACGACCUCGGCGCGGUGCUGCGCGACAUCUGCCGCACGUCGUUCCGCGCGCGACUUAUCGUGGGCACGCCGAAGGAGGCGGCGAAGGCGGAGCGCGUCCUGCCCUGCGAACAAAUAUCAGUCGCGCCGCUCGAGGUCGACGAGCACCGCCGGCUCGAGGUCGCGCCGCUCGACAUCGAGCACCGCCGGCUCACGGAUCUCGAGCACCGCCGGCUCGGAAAGAUCGACAUCAGGCUCCGCUUCUUCAAGGUCGACGCGAUCCUGAAGGGGUUGGACUAUGCCUUCCCGGGCGGCACGCUCUACAUCGACAACGACGGCGCCAUCCGGCGCGACGGCGUCGACGGCCUCUUCGCGAUGUUCGACGCCAUGCGCAAGGAGAAAAAGGCCGUGGGCCUGCAAAUCGCGUACACCUGUCUCCCGAAGGACCACGAGACGAAGGUCCCGGAGAGCUUCUGCGAGCGCAACGGCGGCGUCAUGUUCCUCGGAGACGCGGGAAAGGCGCGCGAGAUCCUCGAGCGAUGGAGCGAGGAGCUCCGCGCGCACCCGAGCAAGGACGGCCACGACCAGGUGUCGCUUCGGACCGUGCUCUUCGAUUUCCGGGACGACCUCUACGACCUGCAUCCCGUCGUCCAGCACCUCGGCGUGAGAGCGGACGUCUGCAAGCGCGUCGACACGCGCAAGGGUCCGACGCUCCCGCACCUUUGGCACGAACACCACCACGGCCGCCUCAAAUUCUCGCAAAGCCUAUUCGCAAGGCGCAAUUCCCUCGUCGAUGCGCAGGGCCUCGUUUGCGGCUUCGUGCCCUAA